GCGAUAAAAGAUGGUACGAAAGCGCAACAUGUAGGACGUUUACGAGGAUUUCCUCAUUUAAUGACGAUUUUCGUGUGUCUGUAGACGUUUUUCUAUUGAAAUGUGCGUUGAAUUCGGUGCAUUAGUGAUCCAUCUUUCUGAAUUCAGUGGAAAGAAGGUCGCCCGCGGACGAUUUAGCACGGAAAAGAGGAUUUUAGACGAUGGUUCUGGGGUGGCCUCUUGGCAGUAGGUAGCGGUACAUUCUUGGCCGCAGGAUAAGGGUAGAAAGAUUUUCUGCUGCUGCUGCGAAGAUUUUGAGAAAUGCAAUAAUUGCAUCUAUUUCUCAAGCCAUUAAUCAAUCAAAGGGUCACAAUGGGUAAAGCAAGUGUCCCGAAGAGAGGCAGAGCGAAGGCAAGACCUCUGCGCAGUGACAGCCAAUCUACUUCAGGAAUGCCUACCAUUGCCCUUGGUAAAAAUUCGAAGAAAGGUAAACUGAAGCCAGUGGUCUCAAAGAAAGGAAAGGUGAAGUUAAAAGCUGCCAAGCGUAAACCAAUAAUCUCUUUGGAGGUCGGAGGCGAGCUAGAUAGUGCUAGACCAGAGAAAACCUUCUCAUUGGUUUCUCGGCCCAAGAGUCAUUCUUUAAUUUCUCGGCCUGAAAGAUCUAAUUUGAUUUCUCGUCCUAAGAGACCUAAGAAUGCUGCAACUGAUAAUGAGGCUAGCACAUCUAAAUCGCCUGAUGACUCCCCUGAAGGCAGUAGUUCCAAACGUCAAAAGGCUUCCAAAGCUUCUCUUGACAGAGCAGAGUCUCCAGCCACCACUAGACUUUCUCGAAGCUCUUCAUCUAGCAGUGUUGCGGGAAAAGCCCCAGAUGUCAAAAAAACUGGAAAAGGGAAAGUCAAAAGUCCUGUCACUUCCCCUGCAAACAAGGGGAUUAUGAACUUCUUCAAGAAGGUUUCUCCUCCUUCCAAGGGACCAACAGCAAACAAAAAGACUUCUCAAAAAUCUAAGAAAGAAUUAGUUUCUGCCUCCUCGAAGAAAGGAAAGGCUUCUGUAGUAAAUUCAUCCCCAGAAAGUAUUGCUUCAGACAGCAGCCAGUCAAAUCAAGUUUCUAGUGAAGUUAAUGAUGACGAUUUGAGUGUCCCUGAUGAUGCAGAGUCAUGUGUUGAGUCUCAUGCUAAAGAUCUUGCCAAUCAGGGCAGCAGCAGUGAUUCCAUUUCUAAUUCAGUUAAUGGCACUGGUGAUGAGAAGAUUGUCCCCAAACUUACAAAGAAGAAUAUUAGCGAACUUUUCCCGGUUGAUGACUCAGCUGUAAGGCUUCGGUCUGGAAGUCCAGCUUCUCAAAAAUCGACAAGAUCCUUGACUAUUUUGAGAAGUUCUCCCAAAGCCUUGAGUGUGUCCAGUCUUCGUUCCACUACCAGAUCGGAUAGUGCUGUACGACCUCUGAGAAAUGGCCUUCCUACCAAAUUAAAAAGAUCUUCAUUGUAUGAAAAUCUUUUGUCAGAUACUUCCAAAAAAAAGAAGAAGAAAAAAAGGGUUUAUGCUGGAUUGGUGAACAAGGAUGAAGAUAAAUUGGAUGACAGCAGGAGUGAUAUAUCUGAUGAGCAGUCCAGUAUUUUUUCAGAGAGUGACUCGUCCAGUUUCAUUGAUGCAUUUAGUAGAAUCAAGAACAGUGAAAUGGACACUGAAGAUGUUGCUGGGUCCUUGAGCAAUGAUGAUGAAGAUAUGAUUGAAAGAGUUGGCUCUCCCUUUAUAAAAUCUGAUGGGACCAAAGGAAAGAGCAUAUCUGAUGAAAGUGUUGAUGGGAAAGAUUCAUAUCUGAAGAAAAAAGAAAUUUUAAACCAUAUUCAGUCUGAUUGGGAUUCAGAUGGUGAAAAUCGAGAAGAUGGAGGUGAAACCUGUGACCCACCAUCACCCUGUGGUGAAUCUUCUACCAACUCAACAUUUCCCCAGAUGAAUGAUGAAAAAUCUACCAAAGAUGCACCUUCAGAGAAAACUGACUUAUGUCAAUCAAAUGAUAAAGAGGUGCAACUUGUGGACAGUUCUGAGAAGAAAGAAGAAACUGAGUCCAAUCCUCCAAAUAUUCCUAGUGAACUUGAUGAAAAUAGCAAAACCGAUUCUCUCACAUCUUCACAGAAGCCUUUGACUGAUGCAGAAGACCAGCCUCAAGAUCCUUCUAAUCCUGAAAGCACAUUGCCUGAACCAAUAGUUCUGAAAACGAGUGAAAAUAAGAAUGUGUUUGAUGAAACAGUUGAAUUUGUUUCAAAGAAGAACACGCGCAUAGACUUUGGACUUCUGAGAAGAUGCACUAAGCGCUCAAUGAGCUUUAACACUGACGUUCCUGAGAAAAGCCAAAGCCAACGAAUAUUGUCAGUGGAACCCAGCAAGUUGCAUGGUAUACCAACACUUCUUUGGACUGUCAAAGCAGUCAGAGAACCAAUCAUCCCGAAGACUCCCAAAAGUCCUGAGAAGGCUCUUAAUAAAAUCGACUCUCAAGAGAAUAGAAAUGUCUCUGCUGUAAAACCAAUGAUGGAAUCAACACAGAAUGACCAAGUUUCUACUACUCCUAAAGUUGCAUCUGAAGCUGUCCUUGCAUCAUUUCCUGUGAACAGCAGCUCAAUCAAGGAAAACAUAUUGGUUCCAACCUCACCAAAGCAAAGCCCAGGGAAGUCCCCUGUUCGAGACUCUGCUGGAUCUGGACCUAAACCUGUGACAAUUUCCAGUAAAGCGGCAUCAGAAGUCAAAAGUGAUGGCCCAGUGAAUGGAAGCUUAGGCAAGGAGAAGUCUCUGAUCACUUCCCCUAAGCAACCCCAGCAGAGUACUUUGGAUAGUACUCUUGCUGUAACAGUGAAACAACCUCUGUUUGAUGAGCAUUCUUCGAUGACUUCAAAAACAGCCUCUGUUGCAUCUGGUGACGCCUUAAGCGGUUCCCUUUCCUCAGCAACGGCAGUGCAGCCAGCUGAUAAGGAAUCAAGUGUGAGUAAUGAUCCCGCUGGUUUGCCCAUCAUGGAAGAGAAUGGCCUGACUGGAGAAACUGCAACUGAGAGAUGUAGCACUCCAGUUAACAACUCUCCAGCACUCCAGGGAGACCUAGAACUGACUCCAGAGAGAUCCUUUAUUGACGAUGGAGAGUCAUUCUGUUUGAGGCUUUCUCCAUCCCCUACAAAAGAUGACCGCCAACUUAAUAUGUCUGCCUCCUCCGUCUCAUCUACGAGAGAAACUUCAUCACCACUUAGACCUGCCACUGACCAACAGGAUUCAAAGCUUUCGUCUGAAGAGGAGGAAAAGCAUGAAAGUAUGGACAUUGAUGAGGAUUUGGAAACAAGACUGCGAGAAGAAAAUAAGCAAACAACUGAUGGAAAGGACAAAACCAAGGUGGAUGGUGUGAGUGAACAAAGCAGUGUUGUUUGUUCAAGUAAACAAGAUGAUGAGGAUAGUGUGAGUAAACAAAUAAUUGAGGAUGAAGUAUCUAAACAAAUCAAUGAAGAUACUCAUUGCAAGCAAAUCAAUGAUGGUAAUAUGAGUAAUAAUGUUAAUGAAGACAGUCUGAGUAAACAAGAUGGUGAAGUUGGCUUGAGUAAACAAGUUGGUGAAGAUGGUUUGAGCAAGCAAGCUGGUGUAAAUGGUUUGAGGAAACAAAUCAGUGAGGAUAGCGUAAGUAAACCUGAAACACAAAGCCUUCAGUUGGUUAUCAAGAAAAAGGGACCAGGCAGACCUAGAAGUCAUUCUGCUGACUCAUCAUUGGCUUUUGUCAAUGAGAUGUGGGUUGUGAAAAAUGAUAUUCGUCCUUCAUCACCUGCUAAGGAGAAGGACGGCUGCAAGUUAGAUGGAAAAGAAAAUAUUCCUGAAGAUGGCCAAGAUGGAAUGAAAGACAUUGAGAUGGAGUCCAUCUCAGAUACAGAAAAACUCAAAGAGGCCAAUGUGAUAAAUGAUAGCUCAUCAAGCAUGACUGUGGAAUGUCCGAAUGUUCAAGUGAAGCAACCAGGUCUCCUGUCACCAAGAUUGGAAGCUGAUGUUGAAAGACUCAACUUGGAACUAAAAGACAUUGAAAAGAAGCGCAGAGAAAUAACUGAAGAAGAACAAAGCCCAGAAAAGAGAGCAAUAAAGGAAUGGAUUCUGAGUUCCUUGGGGCUGCAAUCUGUUUCUGCUGCUGCUGCAGCUGCAUCAAACCGGCAGAGCAAGAGGAGAAGCCAGGAUGGCUUGGCUCCAUCUUCUGGGCGCCUAAAAGCUGUGAUAAAAGUUCCCAAAGAUUCCAAACGGGAUAAGAAAAACAAGCCAUUGCGCAUGGUGUUCAAAAAUGGCAAGCCAAAUCCAGGAGGUUUGGAGGAGUUCUCAAUUGCUGGAAGAUAUCCAGAAUAUGAUGCCAGUUUGGAGUACUCCACUUUGUCGGAUGUUACAUCAAAUGCAGCUUUGCUGAAUGGGCCGGAGUUUGGUGCUGUGGGGGAAGUAUCUGCCCCAGUGGAGGCUGAUGGGAAGGCUAAAACUGGUGCCAAUUUAGUUAUCCCUGAGAAAAGUUCCUCAUUUUCCAUUCAUCCUGGGCGGUUGUGUUCAGAUGUGUGCAGUUACUGUUUUGGAAAAUUUGGUUCUUUGGAUACACCAUGUCAUGUUGCUCAGUUAAAGAGCAGGGAAAGACAGAUGAAGAUUAUGUCAGUUGAAACCCAUUUAGCUCUUGAUUCAUGCUUAUGCGAUGCUUGCAUACGGUAUGUUGAUCGCAAAGCCAACUGCCCAUCAUCAUCCAAGCCACAGACUUCUCACAGGAAGGAUAGUAAGAGCAAGUUUGAAGGCUCCAUGGCCACAUGUAGUGUGACAGGAUGUGUUCAGCCAGCAAGGCACUCAUUGCGAAAGAAGUGGUACAUUAAAAUUAGGAAGAGUGUUAUGAAAAAGUGUCCAAUUGAUUUGGAGCUUGCUCAUCAACACUUACCAUUACCACUCUGUCCGGAGCAUUUCAGCUACCUGGAAUAUUUUAUGUCUUGUGGAUUGUGCAAAAGGCGCUUGUCAAAGAGCCACAUGUAUAAUCUGACCAACACUAGUGAGAUAAAUAUUUGUUUGGAACAUGAUGGAAUCCCUGCUAGAUUAUCAGACAAAUUAUUUGUUUGUAAGCUAUGCCGUUACUAUGCAACACUUCGUGUAAAGCAUACAGGUUCUAGCCUCUCACCUAAUCAGAGAGAGUUCUUUACAAGUUAUAGAAAAAGAAUUCUGCUUUGCCAUGAUAUUGAUGUAUCAGAGGGUGAGGAUGAUGGCACUGCUGACCCGGAAAUUCCCAAUGAAGAACAAGAGGAGACCCCUUCAGGCUCUGGAGCGACCUCAUCAAAUUCUGCAAGCACUGAAGACAGUCUCCCAAAAGGAAAACGGAAGCGCUCUGGAUCCAAUGCAACAUUAUCUGGUGAAGUAGACGCAGCAGACCAGCCAAAGAAAAAGUCAAGAAGUAGUGAUGUGUCAAGCAAGUCCAAGGAAAAGACCGAGGCAGUGGUGAAGAGUACCUCAAGGAUUUCACAUGAGAUUUACCCCUCACUCACUAUUUCUGUUGAACCAGUAUCCAAACCGAGCGGCAGCAAGAGUCAAAAGAGUGGCAAGCCAGCUAAAUCGAAGCAGGAUUCAGACUCCCCCGCAAUGGAAUUUGUCCGCAAGGGACUGCCCCCUUUUUACCCUGGCGAAGACGAACUGGCCCUUCAUGGCAAGUUCCAGUUCCAGUUCGAUGACGAGCCCUCGGCCAAUCGGGCCUGGGAGAAAUGCACAUCCACCCUGCAGUUCGACAAGGACACAAAGAAAUUGUGGCAGGAGCUGCAGAGGCCCUAUGGCAGCCAGUCAAGCUUCCUGCGACACUUGGUGCUGAUGGAGAGGUACUGGCGGCAGGGCGAGCUUGUCCUCGCGCCCCAGGCCACCGCCAAGGCCACCUCGUACACCCGCAGCGUGCAGAACAGGCUGAACGCGUACGGCUCGACCAUCACCGUCCCGGCUGCGGCUGCUGCGGCUGCUGCGGCCGAGGCCGUCCCCGCCGUGGCGAAGCCCGCCCAGGCCGUGACGUCAUCCCAGUCUUCCACGCCGAGGCCUCCGACGCUGCCAGGGCCUCCGACGCCGUCCCAAGCGCCACCCAAGGCGCCGACGCCAGCGCCCCUGCCGACUGCAAAGCCUCAGGCGCCCGUGGAGGCCGUCAAGGUGCUGCCGGUGCGAGGCAAGCAGGACAAGGCCCUGGCCCUGACGGGCGGCACCGUGCUCACCGCUGCCGACGCCGCAGCAGCCGUCACCGCCGUGCACUUGAUCUCCUCGCCAGUGUCGCUGCCCUCGCCAUCGGGAGAGGCUGGACAGGGGCAGGCGAGGCCCAGCGGGGGCCAAGGCACGCCGUUUGCUCCGCUCAAGAUUCGCGUUCCUCCCCCCAAGACCAAGAAGAAGCAGUCGAAGGGGGUUGUGGCUAAAAUGCCGACUCAGCCAAGUGCCAAACCCCAGCCCAAGCCGCAAUCCACAUCUCAGUCCACGGCGCAGUCCGCUCCUCAGGCCAAGCCUCAGGCCAAGCCUCAGGCCAAGCCUGAGCUCCCAUCUCAGUCCAUGCCACAGUCUACGCCUCAACCCACAAUUCAAGUGAAGCCAAUGGCAACAUUGCAGGCGACUCCAUCUGGGCUCCAAGUUUCAACAGUGGCUCCGCAAGCUGUCAAAACGCCACCAGGCAUCCGCUUGACUGUUAAGACCCCUACAUCUGUCCAAGACAGUGCCCAUGGUUCAAAGCCACAAGUUUCUGUAUCAUCAGGGCAUUCUGUCAUUUCAAUUCCACCGGUGUCUGUGUCUUCAGGUGUGACGAUUACCGCAGAGCCAGCUUUGAAGUCUCCACCGGAGAAACAGCCGUCAGUUCUUGGAAAAUUGCAACCCAUUCUCCCAAAACCCUCUUCUGGAGGAGUUUUGAAGUCAUCCAGUCCUACUAGCACUUACCAAGUGGGAAUUCGUCCGAAUAAUGGCAACUCCUGGGAUUCUGCUGUGUCAACAUGCCGACCGCAGUUCAUAUCCCUUUCAUCAGCCCCUGUUGUGAAUCUAACCCGUUCCAUCAGUCUCACUGCGGUUCCUUCAUCACCUCCGUCUGUUCCGGAUCUGCACCCCAUCAACUCUCAAAAUAUGCGUCCGAACAGAUCACCCUCUGCUGCAUUACCUAGUAGCACAUCAGUGACCACUUCUCGUGCUUCAUCUGGUUCCUAUGUUAGUAUCAUACCUACAUCUCCCAGCAAAUCUGUGUACUCUAAACCAGGACCUCAAUCCUUGAACAUGCCAGCAUCAAUUACGCCAAUAUAUACCUCGCAGUCUGUUCCCUCACCAGUAAGUGUUACGUCAUCUGUGUCUUCAAAUCUGCCUGCCCCAUCGCCUCCUGUUGCCAAUAGUGAUUCAAAAUCAGCUACUCAGCAACAAGGCAAGGUUCAUGUCACUGCUGGUGGAAAAUCCUUCUCCCUUACGAUUCAGCAAUUCAAGAAAUUACAAGCAUUGCGACAACAACGCCAACUUGAACAAAAGAAAUCACAGUCUGUGAAAAGACUGAAAGAAAAAAGGCAAACUUCAACUGCAACGUCUUCAGUGGCACCACGUAACCAGAAGGAUGACCUAGAGGUUGUGGAAGUUCAUGAUGUGCAACAGUCGUCUCUUCCCACCAUCAGUGCUGUUUGCUCUGGAGACCAAGCAAAAGCCAUGUGGAAUGAUGAAUCCCGAAAUUCUGAAAGUGACUCUAGUGUGAGCAUUACAGUUGAGCCAGUAGAUAUCCUGAGCAAGUCAGAAAUACCUGUGGAAAACUUGCCGAAACUUCCCAAGGCACUGACUGUUACACAGAUCCGGAAGGAAAGCCCUCCAUUGCCCAAAGCUGUCUCGGCAUCAGGAGUGUCUGUAACCAUCACUAGGAAGAACUGUCAGAGCCCAAUGACACCUCAAAUGUCAAGUCCAGCACUUGAUAUUUUUCCUAGCUAGUUUGGUGUUGCACCCUUGUGAAUAGCUGUCAAUUUAGACUAUGAAUACAUAUCUUUUCCCUUGAGACAAGACUGGCAAGUCGAUCAAUUUUGAUGUAGGGAGCAAGAUCUGAUUUAAGAGUGUAUAUAAUUAAUUACUGUGAAAAGUAACUUUUGUAAACUAGGCGGACUUCUUGCACGAUUGUAUGUACAUAUUACAGGGUGAGCUUAGUGUAGAAACUAGUAUCCAGCUUUGUAUAAAUCUUCCCAUGGCUGCUAAGUCUGAAUGCAUUUUAUCCAGGUGAAUGAAUUUGUAACUUGUAUAUUUAUAAAUAUAUAUGCAACAUUAGUUUGUUGUCUUAGACCCCUUGUUGGCACAAUGAUUGUUUCUUUAGUUAAGGAUACAAACAAUUAUUACUGUAUGGGCCAACUCAGAUUUGAAAAAGAAAGUGCUGCUAAAGUACGUUGGGAAUCAAAAGUAUUUUUUUGGAAAGGUAAGGUCUGAUUUUGGAAGCAAUUCAAGUGAAGUGCUUUGGAGCAUAAGGGUUGCUCAUGUUGCUGUGAUAUUGAUGUGCAGGAAUGAAAAUAACUCUAAAUUUUGCUGAUUGGAAAAAUUGAUUUCUCAUUUGGCAUGAGAAGGUAAGCUAAUUACGCUCAUGUCAUGAUCAGUGCUUUCCUCGGGUUAAUCAUUUGUUCAGGAAACUUGCUAAGUGUUAGGACCAACUUGUUUUCACAGCAGCUUACUAAAAUUAUACCUGUUGUAGAUCAUAUAGUAGUUUUAUUUUUGACGCACCAAGAGAUAAACUUAGGUUGCUGCAAACUUAUUUUUCAACAGCAAGCUCUAUUUUAUACUGUGUGAUUUCUUCAAGGGAAAGCAGAACUCCUUUUAUUUUAGAGAACUAGUCAAGCUAACAGCUGCUAUACUAAUUGCCCUUAUGUUUUGUUUUGUUUAAAUUGAGCUGCUUUGCUCUCUUUGCCUCAGAAAAAGAUACAGUACUUGUACAACUUAAAUUCUCUCAAUGAGAGCAGUCAUUUCUUAAACUGUGAUCAUAGCUUGAGUAGGUUCAUUUAAAAAAUAUUGUUUGCUAUUUCAUUUUCAGAGCCAUGAUAGCAUAUCUACUGAAGCUCUGUUUGUAUUUUAGUUUUGACUGCCACAAUCACUAUGCUUCUUGACUGUUUUUGUCAUUCUUGUAUUUGUGUAGAGUGACUUUUAUAAUUCAGAAUUUUGUUUUGCAUUAAUGUGUGUGAGUGUUUGUGUGUGAGUGUGUGUGUGCAAAGGUUGGUUGCAAAUGUGGGUUUGCAGCAAACUAUCUGAAGUGAGUGUUCCAUUUAUUCUUAGUCGUUUUGAAUUAGGUACAGAAUGAAAAAUCUGUUCGAUAAAGCUCUGAAUUUGAGGUGUAUACUAUCUUAUUGAUUCUUACCAGUAGACUUUCGGCUUGAAAUUUUUGAAAGCUAAAAUUGUUACGCUUAGUUUAGUUGUGAUGAAAAGUUUGUGCAGUCUGAUGGGAUAGGGUAAUCAUGUUGAUUAAUGAGCUAUUUUUGUAUCUAUUUUGUGGAGAAUUUCACUUAAAGGCUACAUAAUUGGCUUUCUGUGAGAAGUAUUUUUCAUUUGCUUCUGAGUUGGCCUGACACAAAUAAUGCCUGAUUUAAUUAAUUUAUUUUUUUAAGGAUAAAUUAUUAUAAGAAUAAGAUUCAUAGUGAAAUCAUCGUAUCACCAAGAGCCUUCUCCUUUGUUACAUUUAUUCUCAUUCUCUUAAUGUCUCAUCAAGCUAAGUUGGGAAAAUAUUAUAAUAUUCUGUAUAUGUUACCUUACCUUGUACAUAUAUAUAAUGAGUGAUUGUAUUGUAAUUAUUUAUUUGCUGUAUUGCCUAUUCUUUUAUUAUCACAUAGAUCAUUGGUCUGGAUUAGUUAGGGGUUAACACUUUAUCCUAAUCUGAGUUUUUAUUUAAGCAAGUUAUCUUAUGAAGUUGUGAACAACUAUACCUGCUUCAUUUUCUUUGUCACUCACAGGCAAAUCUAUCUCAAUCAACCUUUUAUUUAAACACACUCUUAUUUGUAUUUUGACAGUACAGUGUCAUAUUGUUAGUUCUGUUACAUUUUACUUGUGUUUCUUCAUAUUUUUUUGUGAUCAUUUUGAAGACAUGUUCUUUUUUUUUAAAUUAUAAUUAUUAUAAUUAAAUGAGUGUUGAUGUAGCGCUCACAAAUGUUGAUAAGCGAGUCUCCGUCCUGCACUGCAUCUCAGAGGACAGUAGCAGGUGUGCUCGUGUUCCCAGUGACCAUUGACUAACCGCCUGUAUCUCUCUUGUAGGUCAGAAAUUAUUUUCGUCCCAAGACUCUGACCGCAUCUGUUGCGUGAUUAUCUUAAACAUUAUUUUGUCUUGGUUGGAUUUUGGGAAGUUAAUAAAUAGAAAGAAAACUGCUUUCAGUAAUGUUAA